AGGCAGGAUAAUACAAGCUCUGGGACACAAUUCUACCUGGGAAUCUAUAUUCCUCUUCCUCUGAGCCACACCUCUUCUGGGACCUGUGUCUUCCCGUGGAUACCUGGGUCUUAGCCAUGCCUCUAAAAACAACUCCUGCCCCUUCUAACAAGAGGAAGGCCAACAAGAUCAUCACUGACCUGUCCAACAUCAGCCAGAAUGAUGAUAAUUCAGACCCCGAGGCCUCUGAGCUCGACCUGGGCACCAAGAUCAAGACGCCCAAGGAUGUGAUGCUGGAGGAGCUCUCCCUGCUCAAAAACAAGGGCUCCAAGAUGUUCAAGAUGAGGCAGCAGAGAGUUGAGAAGUUCAUUGUGACCAACGAGAACACGCAGAACCUCCAGAACCUGUUGAUGUCCCCUCCCCCUAUUCCACCAAAGCCUGAGGUGUCAGUGGAAGAAGUGUUGGAUGUGGAGGCAGAAAAAGACAAGAUGAAGGAAAACUAUGUACGCACCUAUGUAUCGCCCUGGGAACAUGCCAUGAAGGGCAACGAGGACCUGGCGGCAACCAUGAAAGCCUCCAUGCCGGGACCCAUCCAAACGCACCCAGAACUGCCUCUGUACAAGAGCUUCAACAGGACGGCGUUGCCAUUUGGCGGCUUUGACAAGGUGCCCAAGACGCUGACCUUCGAACUCCCACAGCUCAACGCUGCUACAGAGGACCCCGAGCCUAUACCCACCCUGCAGGCUGACAUCCGCUCACGCCCCUCAUUCAACCGCACGCCCAUCGGCUGGGUCUGCAGUGAGGACAACUCAUACAUCCACAUGGACCUGGAAAACGUCCCCUUCGACGGAGAGACAGAUGACCUGUGAACACGCAUGCACACACAAGCAUAUUUAUAGUACAUGUAUACUGAAACACCCACACAUCGAAGUACAUGCACUGGAACUCAUAUACACAUACAUACAUCAAGAAUAUACCCUCAUAUGAUUGUAUACAUGAGAGCACUAGGCUGAGUUCAUAAUUUACUUCUUAUACACUGACAACAUAAACACUGUUAGAACUGCUGAGGCUCCCAUGAACAUGUGUUGAAAUGUACUUUAAUUACCUGGAAACUAAAUGAACAAAAAUGACUUGAAAAAUCAUUUGAAAAGUACAAAGUAUCUCCCCUGGUCUCCUGGGUGCUUUCUUAUCUUUUCCUCUUCAACUAUUAUUAAGUCUUACUAUGACUGUGCAUACUGUGAGCUAAUAUGAGACCUGUGUGAAUAGCUAUAGAUAAGCACUCUGCACUCUUAAAACAAUGUAUUUAUGCAAUAAAGUUCCCCUUUACAGAA